UGGGACAGACAGAGAUAGAGGUGGGCAGAGGUGUGACUGAGAGGACAGGCAGAGGGACACUCGGAGCCAGCUGGGCUUUUGCCAUUUCUUAUUUAUAUUUAGGGAAUAUCAAAGAAGGGUGUGGGGGGGAGGUGAAAGGCUGAAGAACUAUAGCGGCAGUUUUUUUUUGGCGUGCGUAAACGGGAUAGGUUGUUCUCCACAUUCUUAGGAGUUGCGCUUCACUUUCAGACUGAGCGGUUUAUUUGGAGGCAGUGUCCUGGGUUUCUCUGCCUCCGCGCGGGUCCCCUGCGGUGCACGGAUUACAAUGCAAAGGAUUUUGGAGGUUUGGGUCACCUUGGUGACGGUCACGGCGCUGACCGAGGGGGUCUUCGGAGGGUACGGGCUGAGCAUGUUUGCCGCGCAGUCCUCCCCGCCGGACCCGUGCUACGACGAGAACGCCAACCCUCGGAGGUGCAUCCCGGACUUCGUCAACUCCGCUUUCGGCAAGGACGUGCGCGUGUCCAGCACCUGCGGCGGCCCCGCCGCCAGGUACUGCGUGGUGGCCGAGAAGGAAGAGGAGCGGACGAGGGACUGUCACACGUGCGACGCCGCGGACCCCAAGAAGUCCCAUCCACCCGCGUACCUGACGGACCUCAACAACCCGCACAACCUCACGUGCUGGCAGUCGGAGAACUACGCGCAGUUCCCGCAGAACGUCACGCUCACCCUGUCGCUGGGCAAGAAGUUCGAGGUGACCUACGUGAGCCUGCAGUUCUGCUCGCCUCGACCCGAGUCGAUGGCCAUCUACAAGUCCAUGGACUACGGAAAGACGUGGGUGCCGUUCCAGUACUACUCGACCCAGUGCAAGAAAAUGUACAACAGGCAGAACAAGGCCGCGAUCACCAAGCAGAACGAGCAAGAGGCCAUCUGCACGGACUCCCACACGGACAUGCACCCUCUGACGGGCGGGCUCAUCGCCUUCAGCACCCUGGACGGCAGGCCGUCGGCGCACGACUUCGACAACUCCCCUGUGCUGCAGGACUGGGUGACGGCCACCGACAUCAAGGUGAUCUUCAGCCGGCUGCACACGUUCGGAGACGAGAACGAGGACGACUCCGAGCUGGCCCGCGACUCCUACUUUUACGCCGUGUCUGACCUGCAGGUCGGGGGACGGUGCAAGUGCAACGGGCACGCGUCGAAGUGCGUCAAGGACAGAGAGGGGAACCUGGUGUGCGAGUGCAAGCACAACACGGCGGGACCGGAGUGCGACAGGUGCAAGCCCUUCCACUACGACCGGCCGUGGCAGCGCGCCACGGCGCGGGAGGCCAACGAGUGCGUCGCCUGCCACUGCAACCUACAUGCCCGCCGCUGUCGUUUCAACAUGGAGCUGUACAAGCUGUCAGGCCGGAGAAGUGGCGGGGUCUGCCUCAACUGCCGUCACAACACGGCCGGACGCCACUGCCAUUACUGCAAGGAGGGUUACUACAGGGACAUGACCAAGUCCAUCUCUCACCGGAGGGCUUGCAAAGCAUGUGACUGCCAUCCAGUCGGAGCAGCGGGGAAGACGUGUAACCAGACGACGGGCCAAUGCCCCUGCAAGGACGGUGUGACGGGAAUCACCUGUAACCGCUGUGCCAAGGGCUACCAGCAGAGCCGCUCCCCCAUCGCCCCCUGCAUCAAGAUCCCAGUUGCAUCUCCUACGGCAACUUACACCAGCUACGAGGAGCCGUCAGACUGCGAGUCUCACUGUAAAGCCUCCAAGGGAAAGAUGAAGAUCACUAUGAAGAAGUACUGUAAAAAAGACUACGCUGUCCAAGUGCACGUGCUGAAAGGAGACAAGGCGGGCGAGUGGUGGAAGUUCACCGUCAACAUCAUUUCCGUCUACAAACAAGGCGAGCACCGCAUCCGCCGCGGCGACCAGCUGCUGUGGGUGCGCGCCAAGGACGUGGCCUGCAAAUGCCCCAAGAUCAAGCCCGGGAGGAAGUACCUGCUCCUGGGUACGGACGACGAUUCCCCCGGGCAGGGCGGCGUGGUGGCGGACAAGGGGAGCCUGCUCAUCCCUUGGAAGGACCUGUGGGGCCGCCGGCUGAGGAAGUUCCAGCAGCGCGACAAGAGGGGAAAGUGCUAAAAGUUGCUGGAGGGGAGCGAGAGAUUGAAGGGAGAGCUUGAGGGAGGAAGUGGAGGCGAAACAGCAUCUCCGCUGGGAUGAAUGCGAGGAGAGGAUGAAUGAAAAAAAAUAUAAAUAAACUGGAAGAAUAACAAGAUAGAAAGACACAGGUGAAAAGUAGAGGAGAUGGGGGAAUGACUGAGUGCUGCUGCUCUGAGUUGGAGCGAAGAGAUUAGUGUUUUUUGUUUUUGUUUUUUAGGAACAUUUUGUGAAGGAGCUCGUUCUACAGUUGUUCUGUUUCUGUUCGUCUUUGGAGGUUCGUUUUGUCGUGUAAUUGCAGAGUUUGCACCUAACGUUGCAGAUACGUCACACCCUGACUAUUUUACCCAUGAUGCCGUUGUUUUUUUUUAAAAGUCCCUUUAGUGAGUUGUUUUAAAGAGCAAUGCAUCUACUGUAUCACUCUUUCUUGUAUUUUAAGAGGAUCUAUCUCCACUGUGCCGUGUAAAGCAUCGUCUAGUUGAAUGAAGAGACUUUGUCGUGGCGUUGAGGGACUCCACUCCUGUAUUAUAAGUUGCUCCUGUAACCUGCCAAACUUUGGAUAAGCUCUGUCAACAUCUAAAAGUGAAAAGAAAAAAAAAUUGUGGAUUUACUCUGUGGGAAACAUAACCGGUGCCAUCUUCCCUGCUGACAUGCGAGGGUCGCCUCAGAGAAACAACUUGGGUUCAAUACUGCUCCCUCUGCAGUAUUGAUCCCGUCUCUGCUCGGCGCUUAUCGAUAUAUAUAUAUAUAUCAAGUAACCAUACGUGCGUACGUAGACAUUAUUCUUAGUAGAUGAUGCCAUAGCAUCGGCUAGAUGUAGAGUAGACGUGUCAACCAUGCACUUAUUUUUACUAGUUUUAGAACAUAUGAGAUAUGUUCACAAAGAAAAGAAAUCCCAUACUGUAACAUAUGAUGCACACAAAAAAUCAACAACUGUACAGUUCAAACCCUGCUUGCCUCACUGAUGAGGCAACUACAGUUAAGAAUAGCGUUUAUUCUCUAACAAAGGCCUAAAUGUAAGUCGGACGUCCCAAACAUUUGCAAAUGAGAGAACGGAAGAAGUGAAGCAUCUCACUUUGUCUGAAAAAGAAAAAAGAAAAGAAGCGAAUACCGACCUAUCAAGCAACACAGACUCAAUGCAUGCUCACCGUUUACUGUAGCUGACUGCAAGCUAACAAUGAUUGUGAAUUAUGUACACAUGUGAUUUGUACACAGUAUUCAAUGUUGUGGGAGGAUAACCUGUGGAGUGAUGAAAUAUCACAGAUGUUUAUUGUGCCGUGCGGUUCAGCGCGCCGCGUCGAAUGUUCCCUCAUAGCGACCUCUCUGAGGACUGGAUUCCACUAUCAAGACUUGGUACUCGACAUAAAGGCACGAGCGAUUGUCUGCGUGUUAUAUAGCUGUAUAGUAUUACCUUUUUUUAAUUAUUUUUUUGGUAAACAUUAACUAGAUCUAUCUCCAUGUGAACUUAACCAGAGUUUUUAAAUACUAGAGGCUUAAUAAAUGAAUGUCGGAGAAAUGUCUCAUGUUUACGUGAGAACCCAGAGGAUCACACUAUGACUCGGCUUAUGCACACACACAGUACAGAAACACACACACACAGACACACAAAUACAAGGGUACACCUCAGUACUCUGUGCAUCAUACUGUAUGUAUUUGAAACGCACUUAUAGUCUCUGCCAACACAUCUGUACCGACUGUUUAUUUUAUUGCUUUCAGAACGGUAACCACCAGACUCCAUGAAUAUUAUACCUGAAUAAUUAUCUGCUCGUGUUUAUACCUCGGCUUGUAAAUGUUGUUUAGCAGUGUCCAUUGCAAAUGGUUGUGUAAUGUCUUGUAAUACUAAUAUAUUAUGUUUAUCACAAAUGAAUAUAUUUAAUGACACAUGAGAACAAUGUGGCUUUUGUGGUUUUUACGUUUAUUUUUUACUUUUUUUUGCAUUGAAUUGUAGCUGGCUGUGAUGAAAAGUAUUGAUACGUGUUUGGCUAUUGAACAGCCCGAUAGAACUGAAAAAUUAAUUCAUCUGAAAUAAAGCUGUGUAAACAAAACAAAUCAAAAAAA